CAAGCUCCUCCAGGCUACAAUCUCCUUGCUCUUCUGGUGAAGGAAGGAAAGGUUCAAAAAUACAUAAAAAUGGCUACUCUGCACAGAAACACCUUUCCAAACACUGAAACGAAAUCAAGCACUACACAAAGUCAUGCAUUCUACCAUGAGCAAUCAGGAGAUAGUGCCAGACGCUCUGGGAAUGGCCACGAACAAACGUCCACUGGAUCUGGACACAGGAGACAGAGGGAAUCCAGUGUUCAUCAGGCCAGUGACAAUGAAGAAUAUUCAAAAGAUGUAGGGAGGAAUUCUGUGACCACCCAAGGAAGGUCCGGAUCCACUUCGAGGAACCAACAUGGGGCUUCCCAUGACCAGUCAGGGGACACCUCUAGGAGCUCAGAGUCACGUCAUGGGCAGACAGACACACAUAGGCAGAGAGAAUCUGUCCACAGAGACUCAGGAACCAGAACUUCACAAGAUCAGGGGAGUCGCCAUGAACAAUCAAGAGACGGCUCCAGACGCCCUGGGACUGGCCAUGGACAAACCUACACCGCAUCUGGAAGCAGCAGACAUAGAGAAUCAGGUGUUAGUCAGGCCAGUGACAGUGAAGGAUAUUCAGGAAAUGAAGGGAGGCAUUCUGUGACCACCCAAGGAAGGUCCGGAUCCACUUCAAGGAACCAACAUGGGGCUUCCCAUAGCCAGUCGAGAGACACCUCUCGGCGACCAGAGUCGCGUCAUGGGCAGACAGACUCACAUAGGCAGAGAGAAUCUGUCCACAGAGACUCAGGAUCCAGAACUUCCCACAGACAGGGGAGUCGCCAUGAACAAUCAAGAGACACAGCCAGACACUCUGGGACUGGCCUUGGACAAACCUCCACCGGAACUGGAAACAAUAGACACAGGGAAUCCAGUGUUAGUCAGGCCAGUGACAGCGAAGCAUAUUCAGGAGACGAACGGAGGCAUUCUGUGACCACCCAAGGAAGUCAAGAGACACCUCUCGGCGACCAGAGUCGCGUCAUGGGCAGACAGACACACAUAGCCAGAGAGAAUCCGUCCACAGAGAUUCAGGAUCCAGAACUUCCCAUAGACAGGGGAGUCGCCAUGAACAAUCAAGUGACACCGCCAGACACUCUGGGACUGGCCAUGGACAAACCUCCACUGGAUCUGGAAGCAGAAGACACAGGGAAUCCAGUGUUAGUCAGGCCAGUGACAGUGAAGGAUAUUCAGGAAAUGAAGGGAGGCAUUCUGUGA